AUGAAGUUCAUCACCUCCGUUGCCGCCCUUGUUGCCGUUGCUGUCGCCGCUGACUCGUCGUCGGCCUCCGGUGGCGCCGUGUCGUCGGUCGCCUCCAAGGCGUCGUCGGCCGUCUCGUCGGGUGCUUCUAAGGCCUCGUCCGGCGCCUCGUCGGCCACCUCGUCGGCCUCGUCGUCGUCGAAGAAGAACGACGCCGCCGCUAACGGUGCCGCCGCUGGUUUGGUCGGUCUCGCCGGUCUCUUGUUGCUUUAA